AUGAUUGACCACUGGUUACCAGAAAAAUCAAUCGAAGUGUUCCUCGUCUGCGUUGUCGCAAGAGUCGUAUUUGGCGCGAGCUGUGAUGAAGCCUUGUUGGGGAACAGUGGGCUGCUGCCGGAUUCUGCGUUCACUGCAACAAGCAAUUCUGAGACGGUGGAACAGUCUAUCGCUGGAGUUAGCGCUAACCUCGACCACUCUGCCAAAACAGCCAGGGAUAUGCUGACAGGUGGCUGGUGCCCCGCCAGGAAGAUCAGCACCAAUCUCUCCGAGUUCAUCCAGGUGGACAUGGGCUCGGUGAAUGUCAUCACCCAAAUCGCCUUCGGACCUCGUUCCGGGGUUGCGUACACGCCGUUUUUCGUCAUCCGCUACAAGAGGGAAUCUGGCGGCGCAUGGCGCGACCAUAAAUCCUGCUCAGAAAAUUCGGAAACACUUAGCAUUUCCCCACAACUCUGUUUCAAAUUGUUUUUUCCUACCUUUUCGAAGACCCUGUUCAUUACUGGUUCCGAAGGAAGUCUGGACCUUAAACUGAUCGCGCUGAACCCUCCAAUCGUCGCACGAUGGGUCCGGGUGUAUCCUUACAGUCGACGUCCAAUGUUCGUGUGCGCGAAGUUUGAAUUUUACGGGUGCAAGUUUUCCGGUGAGUCCCUGACAAAUGAACUCGUCGAAUAUAAAAUCCCAGAUGGGAGUCAAUUUCAGCCCAGUCCCUUCAGUCGACAACUGAACCUCCGGGAUAGGUGCUACGAUGGCAAACACGAUCAACGCAGCAGCGUUCUUCACGAUGGACUUGGUUGCCUCUCGGACUCUAGGGUUGCCAUGCCAACCGAGGCGUUUGAAGUGUUGCCGUGGCAACAGCCGAAGGCACCGAUGGAGUGCCUCGUGGGAUGGAAUCGCAGUCGCUGGGAGGACGGGAGGCAGCUGGCAGCCGACAACAAGGGUGUCGUCGAUAUGGUCUUCCGAUUUUCCGGUCUUCGCAAUUUCACCUCUCUCCACCUCUACGCUAUGGAUCUGCCACUGAGCAAGAUUCGCAUUCCACGACGAAUCGAGGCCUCAUUUAGCGUGGAUGGCAAGUCGUUUCCAUCAUCGCCCGACGUCCAGGUUGACAUUCAAGGCAACUCAGCUGACCCUUUGAAUGUGGCGCUUAAGCAAAAAUCCGGACGGUCUGUUCAACUAAAGCUAUUCUUCGCUGACGAGUGGAUUGUCCUCAGUGAAGUUCGUUUCAUCAGUGUUGCAGGAAAUGAAAAAGUGUUCUAUAAAGAAGCAGUGAACCAGAAAGGCAAUGAUGAUGCCUCUAUUCAUCUCGUUGACGUGGAAAGUCAACAAGUUGAACAACUCUAUAAGAACGAAGUUCCAGACGAACAACAUGGAGUGGGAAACGACGUCGACUACUCACCCCUCCUCGCAGAUGUUAACGUGGGCGCAUCGCGACCAAUCGAAGCGCCAUACCAGGGCCCAACAGUUCUUGUCCUCAUCCUCGUCUUUCUCUGUUGCUUCAUGCUCCUUUUGGUUGGGAUUGCGUGUUUCUCGAUCGCGUGGAUGCAGAAACGCCGAAAGAAGCUGCAAGAUAGCGUGCGAGGCCUACAAUCCAACCAAAAGUUGCUCAAAGCAGCCGCCAGCAGUGUUGGAAACGUGGGGCUCUUUCGAUGGCCCGGUUUAUCGAUCGGUGUCGGUGGGGGAGCCGGAACUGGGUGCAAUCCCAUCACUCAUCACUCAUUCGGCAACACCAUGAACUAUGUCACGGUGCCUAAUGCAGACCAGGGACUGCAAGAUGGCGCCUACUUCGCCAGCCCAGGGUACACGUCUGGAACUCGGAGUAACGAUGGGGUGCCGACGUUCGCUGCGUCUCGUCCCGUGGCGAAGCGCUUCCUCACUUCCUUUGCCUCUCGCCUCUUUGGGUCGCGGUGCGGUGGAAAGCCUCGUCUGAUGCGAGUCUUCACCUCCUCAUGCUCCUCCUCGUCAGCACACCAAUACGAGCAGGUGGUUCCGCAGUCGGCGCACUCCUCACCCGGCGUUACCGCCGCCGUCCAGACGCAGCUUCCAGCUCGGAGCGAAGCGCUUCCUCCUUUCCCGGUUGUCAUCAGUACCGAGCAACAACAACAACUGCCCACUUCAUUUCCUGUACACAUCGCCAACGGGCUCCAUUUCCCGAAAACAGGCCAACCCCCCGCCUGCUUCUCCACACUCAACUCCCGUCAGCAAAACUCGGUGCAGCAUGACUCCUCCGUCGUGUACCAAAGUGUUCAGGGCGAAUCAGAUGCUGACAGCCUCGCUGCAAGCACAAUGAGUCCAGAGUACGCCUCUGCCAGCCUCCUGGGUAGCCAGAGUGGUGGCGGGAUCCCGUUUAUAUCGAGCGGUGUCGGUGACUACAGCGCCUACGGCGCCACAGGUCAUCAUCAGAUGGUCGACUUGGUGACUUCAGCUCCGGCUGUCACCUCCAGCGGUGGUCAAGCCUUCUUCCAACAGCUUCAAACAGGACUCUUCUACCCGGCGACGGCUGCGGCAACCUUCGGUGGAGGUUGGAACCCCCAGGCACCCCCCUACAUCAAUCGAUCCAUGUCACAACAGCAAUUCCACCAGCCAUUCUGGCCCCCUCAACCCGGAAGCAAAGUUGCCGCUGGGACUGGUGGACAUGAUGUGGCCUCCUCUGCAAAUUCGGUCGAAUCCUCCGAUCGAGUUGGUGGCGACCCUGCGUCUGCGAUCUACGGCUUCGCUCCGUCUGGCUUCAGUGGCCUCCAACGCCAACGCGCACGCCUCCCAAUCGCGCACAUUUCCCAAACUCACCUCCACCGCCUCUCCUCAUCUUUCCCUAUCCUUUUGACAGACAUGCUGACAAAGAAAAUUGACUUUUACCUCGUCUGGUUGGCUCGUCCGUUCUCUUCCGGACGGCUUUAUUUACUUCUGUACACAAACCGCGUACCAUGCGAACUAUUAAAACGAAACUCAACCUAUCAGUGA